AUGAAUUGUUUGAUUGUGACUGUUUUGGCUCUAUGGAAGCGGAAAUAUGGGUAUUCUUCAUCUUUCAUAACCUGUUUUGUUGGGUUCAAAGUAUGGGGUGGAGAUGUGGAUGGUAUGGGUGUUGGUGUGGUCAGGAGAGGAGCAGUUGCAGCGGUGUUAUUAGUUAUUAGAAUAGGUUUGAAUGCAUUUGUGACUAAAGGUGCUGGAUGGGAAGCUGCACAUGCCACAUUCUACGGUGAUAUGAGUGGUGGUGAAACAAUGCAAGGAGCUUGUGGCUACGGCAAUUUGAUACAGGAAGGAUAUGGCCUAGAGACAACAGCUCUAAGCACAGCCCUCUUUAACGAGGGCUUCACUUGUGGUGCUUGUUAUGAAAUCAUGUGUGACAAGGCCUCAACACAAUGGUGUCUUCCUGGCUCCGUCCAUGUAACUGCCACCAACCUUUGUCCACCCAAUUAUAACAAGCCUGAUGGGAAUUGGUGCAACCCUCCAUUGAAGCACUUUGAUCUCUCUCAGCCUAUGUUUGUCAAGAUCGCUCAAUACAAGGCUGGCAUUGUUCCAGUUCUCUAUCAACGUGUCCCGUGCAUCAAGACCGGCGGUGUAAAGUUUGAGAUGAAGGGAAAUCCUUACUGGGUAUUGGUGUUGGUGUACAAUGUUGGUGGCGCCGGCGACAUUACAGAUGUGAAGGUUAAGGGUUCGAAUACAGGAUGGAUACAAAUGACUCGAGAUUGGGGCCAAAACUGGAAAACUGAUACAAAAUUGAUAGGGCAAAGCUUGUCUUUCCAAGUGACUGCUAGUGAUGGUAAGAUGGUGCAGUCUGAUAAUGUUGCACCAGCUAGUUGGCAAUUUGGCCAAACCUUCCAGGGGAAGCAGUUUUGAAGAUAGAUGAUUUUUUUUUUUUCCAUGAGGAAUUUUAAGGUUUUAAGACACAUAAUACUCCGAUUUAUAUAUUAAUAAGGGUGUAAAUCGGUCUGGAAUUGGGUGUUUGAUUCGAUUUUGAUUUGUUGCCAAGCAAUCUUGGUGUGAUUCAGAAUCGGACGAACUCAU